AUGUUUGAAAGCCGGAUGCCUCUGGAGUUGUUUUUGCUUUUGCGUGACAAGACUCACGUUUGCUGUGGUAAAGGGUGGCCCUCGACUUUGGUAGAAAGCGCAUUCAGAGGCCUAGCUUUCAUUUCCAGAUUUCUACACGCUGACCUCCGAUUCUACAUGUGCAAAGCCAUGCACUUGGGUCACCUUCUGGUGGUGCAAUAUGAUGCUUGCACUGUUUCGAUCGCUUCUCGUGCCACUUCUGGCUUCUGCAAGCCAUUGAUAGGCCAGGUAAAGAAAUUCCGGCCUACAGAGGUGAGGUGCUUUUCUUGUCUAGGGAGGUUAAGAGCUGAAGGGCGGACAGAAAGGAGAUUCCAAGGUGCUUGGCUGGUACAACACAUGUUUCAGACACUGGACUAUCUGGACUCACUUUCGCUGCUCAAGUUGACCGACCCGAGACGUGCGGCGACGCGUCGGAGUCGAGACGACUAG